AUGCAGCUUGUUGCGGCUGUUCAAAGCUUUUUAUUUCCUGUUAAUUUGGUUAUUUAAUAUACAUAAUUUAUUUUAUAAUAAUUCGAAAGUUUUAACUCAAAUGAAGUGAAACACCGGCCAAGCGGAUAACAAGGAGGACGGCUGAUGGGUUGUUUAUUGGAGAGCGAAAGGUGCACAAUUAAAUUGUUCUACGUGACCGUUUGCCGGCAUCCCUUCGAGUUGGACAUCUUUACGGUAGUCGCGCGUCUUAUGGCAGCUAUUGGAGACUAAAUGAGCACAAGAAAAGUUGAAAUUACAGUCGGCCUAUGUUCAGAUGGUCAAAGCAAACAAAAUUUGGUAUAAAAAGGGCUUAGCGCUUCCAAAAUGCAUCAGUUCGUGUCUUACACUUGCAAUCGAAAUAUUCAUAGUUUGAAAACUUCACAACGCGCUGUACACGUUCAAAAAUGUGCACCAAGAAUAUGUUCAACUUUGUGUUUCUAUUGGCUGCAAUUGCUACCACAAUUAUUAGCGCCAUCGAAAUGAACGUUGACCAAAAGGCGCUCACUCCAGAGAAGUCCUUGGCUAGACGCAGCCUGAGUGGUUUCGAUGGCGAUGCAGGACACACCGUGGCUAUCAGUGCCAAUCCAUGGUUGAGCAGUGGUAGUGGCGGACACUUUGGUGGCGGCUUUGGUGCUCUGGCAGUAAGCAGUUGGAAUCCAUGGAACAGCUUCGCAACACGUCAUAACUCUGCACCCUCACCCAGCGAGGUGGCCAAUGCCAUUGCAUCCGCGAAGCAAGCAUCGGCCAAUGUACUAAUUGCACAACAACAAAUGCAAGCAGCUAAAGAAAAUGUACUCAAUCAACAGCGUCUGGCCAUGGAGAAAGAGACAGCAGCAGCUAUACUUACACAAAAAUCGGAGGCCGCUGCUGCCAUUCAGCGCUCCGAAGCCGCAGCUGCUGCACAAACAGUUGUACUGGCUCAACAGCGUUUGGCCGCUUCAAAAUCGGCCGUUGCACAUCAGCAACGUAUUGCAGCAGCACGCGAAGCUGAGGCGGCGGCUGCUCUACAACGCUCCGCACAUGCCGCUGCAGCUGAGAUACAAAAAACCGAAUAUGAGGCAUCCAAACUGGGCCAGUAUACAAGGAAUGGCAAUGCUGGCGCCGCACAUCAUCUCACCUUGACCAAGGAUGUCGCAUUCAGUCCAAUAACCGCUGGUACCAAUCAUGUACCCAAUGCAGAGGCUGUGGGCCCUUGGUCUGGCAGCGGUGGCAAGGGUGCGGCUGCUGGUGGUGCUGGUUGGUUAUAAAGCGCGCAGCAUAAAUCUGUUACAUGCAUUUUGAUCAUUCAUUGUUUAUAAAUAAUUUCCGUUACCUUUGUGUAUAUUAACUUUUGCAAUAAAGCAGUAAA